AGUACGUGUGACGUCAGGCUCACAGUGUUACGGGGCAUCGGUACGUGUGACGUCAAGCUCACUGUUACGGGAUACUGGUAAGUGUGACGUCAAGUUCACGGUGUUACAGGGUACCGGUACGUGUGACGUCAAGAUCACGGUGUUAUGGGGUACCAGUACGUGUGACGUCCAGAUUACGGGGUACCAGUACGUGUGACGUCAAGAUCACAGUGUUACGGGGUACCGGUACGUGUGACGUCAAGCUCACGAUGUUAUGGGGCACUGGUACAUUGUACGUGUCGAGUCGACACGUACAAUGUACCAGUACCCCAUUGUCGACACUGUCGACCUAGAUGAAAAAUUCAUUGUGCAAUAACUGUUACAUGAUAGAUUGGAUUGAUUAAUUGAACGAUUGAAUAUUGUAUAACGUCCCUCUCGAGAAUAUUUCACUCAUAUGGAGACGUCACCACUGCCGGAGAAGGGUUGCAAAAUUUAGGCCUAUGCUCGGCGCUUAUGGCCAUUGAGCAUGGAGGGAUCUUUACCGUGCCACACUUACUGUGACACGGGGCAGAUUGCAGAAUUUUAAAUAAAAUUGCUUGUUGUUGUUUUUGUUUUUUUUUCAUUUCUCCUGUCCGGAUUGUGAUUGUGAUUAAUGUAUCCAUAGAAAAUAUCCUUAUUUUUACUCCGAAACUAAAUAUCUUAUUAUUCUUUUAUUUUUAUAAUUUCAAAAAUAUUUAUUCAUAUUCUAACAGCCAGAGUUUAACAUGACCUUACAAACCCAUCUCACUAGGGGGCACAAAGUUUUUAUCUUUCUCUUAUCCCUGUAACUUCAGCUUUACUAAGACAGAUGAAUUAGUAUUGGUUGUGUUGUUGACCCUCCCUCCAGUUACUCACAAGUACAUGUACUCUGAUGCCAAAUUCAACCUUACAUGCUGAGCCGUGGAAAAAACAACACGGCAGAGGAAAUUGAAUGUAAAUAAAAACAUGUUCAGCAGAGAAUUUCUUAGUCAAGAAGCAUCACAGGAGCAAAUCCGUGGCUCGUCAUUGAUUUCAGUGAACCACGCGACUUCCGCUGAACAGCUGUACAAAGUAUACACGGAGAAGCACGGGUCCUCACGCAGCGACGCGCUUGUGACUUGUGUAGGAUCUAUUUAAUAUUGCUGUUUCUUAAUAUAUGUUCAAAUUAUGAAAAUUCGAAGUCUUUACAUUUUGAUCUGCAAAUGGAGUUUAUUUGCUGUCUUCAAAACACAAGGGGUACGUAGAGAGGAAACAAAUGAACAAAGGUUAGUCAGAGAUCUAUUACUCGGAUACGACAGAAGAGUUCGACCCGUGAUGCCUGACAAUACGUCACUUCCGCUAAAUGUGACCUUUGGAUUAGCCCUCUCACAGAUCAUAGACGUGGAUGAAAAGAACCAAAUUCUAACAACUAACUGCUGGUUAAAUCAGAUGUGGACGGAUUAUGGACUGCGAUGGAAUCCGAAGGAUUAUGGUGGUAUUAAGGUGGUUCGCCUCCCAUAUGACCAAAUCUGGAGGCCAGAUAUAUUUUUAUACAAUAAUGCAGACGUAUCAACCUAUUUUUCAUCUAUAAGUUCCAACGUCAUUGUGACGUCACAGGGCAACGUAACCUGGCUGUCUAUGGUGAUAUUUAAAAGUUCCUGUUCUAUAAAUGUGCGAUAUUUCCCAUUUGACGAACAAAAUUGCUCUAUGACGUUUGCUUCUUGGACAUACGACGGGUACCAAAUUAAUCUGGUUCUCAAUACUCAUGAAGGGGACAUAUCAAACUACAUUUCUAACAGCGAAUGGCAUCUCCACAAGCUUUACGUGCAGAGGAACGUGGUGUUCUACUCCUGUUGCGCUGAACCGUAUCCUGAUAUUACAUUCUAUAUUCAUAUUCAACGUCGGCCUCUUUUCUACAUUUUCAAUAUGGUUAUGCCGUGCGUCAUGAUAACUUUGGUAGCUCUCCUUGGUUUCUACAUACCCUCCGAUUCAGGGGAGAAGGUGACAAUGGGAAUCACCACUCUUCUCUCUAUGACGGUGUUUAUGAUGCUGGUUGCAGAAAACAUGCCCCCCACCUCCAACGUCCUACCUCUCAUUGGUAUAUACUACGGUAUUACCAUCAUCAUCGUUUCCUUGGCAACUGGUAUGACGGUCUUCACUCUUAACAUCCACCACAAAGGGCACAGGGGCGAACCGAUACAUCCGCUCCUCAAGAAAAUUUUCUUUGGCGUGUUUGCCAAGAUGAUGUGCGUGCACAACGAAAGCUACGGUCACAGAUCCAAAGUCAUGUACACUCCAGACUUCACGAGUAAUGUUACCAAUAAUUAUGCAUCGGUAUCAAAAGGAUCCGAAGUAGAGAGAACGAAACUAUUAGAGGACGGUGUUCGAUCGUGUGGUUGUAUUCACAACCAUGACAGACAAACAAUCAAUCACAGCUACGACCUGAAACCAGAAAACAACGCACGCAAAAUCAACAUCCCCGAUAUCCAAAACAACCAGCAAACCUUCUCCACUCCGAGCAGUGAAACCGUCAGUUCACUGGAAAUUAAUUUCUCCAAAGUGCUGAACAAAGUUUGUAACACGAUUGACAGUAGCGAAUCUCGCCAAAGAGAACUAGAUGCGCGAGAGUUCGUGCGACAUGAGUGGCAGCAGUUGGCCUUGGUUGUGGACCGUAUGUUGAUGACUAUAUUUGUGCUGGUAACCUUAUUCAUGACAUUUGCAAUCAUGAUACAAGGUCCGUUAUCACAAGAAGGAUGAAUUGUGAUGUAACUUUUUUACGUUUGGUGAACUCGCAUAUUCCCUGGAGUGCUUUCCAGAAAUUUGGUGUAAUCGUACACUACUUGCGAAUGAAAAACGGAUAAUUUUGGAAAAGGUUAUGUCCAGUUGUGCUGCAUUUAAAGCAAAUAUGACUGACCGCUUGUGGUAACUGUGCGUCAUGCAUUGUUUGUAUUGUGAUAGUGUAGUCUGCAGUACACAGAAAUAUAUUUUAUAAUACAGAUAUUUAUUGUAUCAUACAAAAAGAAAUAAA